ACUUGACAGAAGAAGAACGGAGCCGAAGCUGGACGUAGCUAUUUGUUUUUAGCCACGUCAUGUGAACUUUGUGGCGAAAAGUCGCAACUUGUUUGUUUGUAUUCGUUUUCACGGACUGUAUAUUUUGCUGUUAUUCUGUGUGAAAAUGUCAGAGUUCGGAGACUGGUUUCGAAGCGUCCCUUUUAUCACCCGUUUCUGGUUCGCUGGUUCGGUGGCUGUUCCGCUGAUUGGGAGAUUUGGACUGAUUAACCCCAGACACCUCAUACUCUGGCCGGAAUACUUCUUUCGUAGAUUUCAGCUCUGGAGACCGAUCACUUCUACUCUGUAUUUCCCGGUGGGUCCUGGCACUGGUUUUCUCUACCUGGUCAACCUGUAUUUCCUCUACCACUACUCCACCAGGUUGGAGACAGGUGUCUUUGAAGGCAGACCAGCAGAUUACAUCUUCAUGCUGUUCUUCAACUGGCUCUGCAUCGUUAUAACUGGACUCAUCAUGGACAUGCAGCUGCUGAUGAUUGCCAUGAUCAUGUCAGUACUGUACGUCUGGGCUCAGCUCCACAGAGAUACCGUCGUGAGCUUCUGGUUCGGAACAAGAUUCAAGGCACGUUAUCUACCCUGGGUCAUUCUGGUCUUCAACUACAUCAUUGGGGGCACUCUGAUGGAUGACCUGGUAGGGAACCUGGUGGGUCACCUGUACUUCUUCCUCAUGUAUAAAUACCCAAUGGACUCUGGAGGGCGUACCUUGCUCUCCACACCUGAAUUCUUGUAUCGCUUUUUCCCCACCAUAAGGGGAGGGGUGGCAGGCUUUGGAACCCCUCCCCGCAGGAGAGCGCCACAGGAGGAGCAGGCAGGGGGAAGGGCCGGCGGCGGCGGGCGUCACAACUGGGGCCAAGGCUUCCGCUUGGGGGAUGAUUGAGGAAGGAGCCAUGCCCGCUUUCACCACAAGCAGCUGUUUGGAUAAUGUCGAGUUAAAACAUCUGCUUCUUCCAGUUUGUUCCGGGUCCUGUCAGAGAAGGAUUUAGCACUAAACUAGGAAAAUCAUCGUUACAGCAUACAACCAAAGGAAACGCGAAGAAGUGCUCAACAGUCUUAUGUCACCAACAUUCUGCUGCCGCUGUGUAGCAGAUCAGAAUAAAUUAGUUUUGUUAUUAAUGGAUUCUUCUCAUUUUCCCCACGUGCUCCCACCAGACUGUUGCAGCUGCCGACCAGCGACUGUGAUUCUUGAUUCUUGCUAGAAAGCGGGCAAAGCUAGCUGGGAGCACGCUUUCAGGUCUGGAUUUACAUGAGAUGAAAAUGUUUUCAAAGCCUUGGCGGCACAGUUCCGUCUGUCCUGUUGGAAUUUUUGCAGUUGUCAUCUUUGUAAAUAUAACAGCUGGCAAUUUACAA